CAUAACGUUGGAGAAACUUCUCCCCUUUGUCUACCGUCCCGUUCUUGCUAUAAGUUAUGUGAUCGACGACAUCUCGAAGACAGCUGGAGGAAUGGUAUCUCUACUUGGGAACCUGGGAGGCAGCUUUCUCAGAGACCUUGGUAAUCUCGCUGGAAGUGUCGGUAGCUGUCUUCUCCAGGUAUCACUGGCGAAAUUCCACGUUGUCGGAAACGGUCUUCUCUCUUUAGGUACAGGAUUUGAACACGCUGCCACCUCCUUGUUACACGGCGCAGGCUCGGUACUUGAUAUUCUCGGUACAGGAACGGGGAGUUUGCUGAAUUCUUUUGGACAAGGAGCCGGAAAUACCUUAAACCAACUCGGACAUGAAGCUGGAAGUGUCUUUAACCAACUCGCACAAGGAGCCGGAAAUGUCCUAAACCAGCUAGGACAAGGAGCCGGAAGUACAAUAGACCAACUCGGACAGGGAGCCGGACAUGUCCUAAACCAGCUAGGACAUGGAGCCGGAAGUACAAUAGACCAACUCGGACAGGGAGCGUCCUCGUCUCUGACAGGACUAGUGAGUGGAGUUGGAUCUCUCGGUUCAGGACUUCUGAAUGGACUUGGACAUCUAACAUCUGGAGCAACUGACCUCAUCAACCAUGUGUUUGGCCGAGGAGUAAGCCACAGUCCUUUCUGUCUGUGGUAGUCGAUGUCCUAGCUGUGACCGAUUGAACAUUUCUAAAUAUACUGACCAUGACAUCAUAGUAUCAGUAUGUGGUAACGACAUGGUGGAAAACCAGGCCGUGUCUAUGGAAAACAUCGCAAAGCUGGAAGAGCUGUAUAACGUCACAGUGACGUCAUCUAUAAUCAACACGGUUCAGUUUGAUCCGACGACUAUCCAAACGUCCGAUGGUGUCUCCUUCAGCUCCGCUUUUGUGACAUUGUCAAUCUCAGACAAGAUGAUACUGACCUCCAUACCGUCCGGUCUACACCUGUCCGACCUAAAAUCCACUGCCCAUCAAAUCGUACAGGAGUUGUGGACCAAGGCCGAACUGCCCUAAUGUUUCCCGAAAUAAAUCCGAAUAAAAUAGUAACAAAAAGCUCUCCUAA